AUGGCUAGCUCCAGGCUCUCUAUACUCUGCUUUGGGUGCUCCAUUCUCUUACUCUUGGGGGCUUGCGAGGAAUCUACGGAGAUCCGAGGCGUGGGUGACGCGGCGGACCAAAGGCAGGAGGAAAAAGAAAUGAUUGAAGCUCUGCAGGAGGUGCUGGAGAAGCUGAGGAAUAGCCGGCUGCCACUGCUUGAAAAGAAGUUAGGGUGGGUGCCUUCGUGUGAUGCAGGUGAACAGUGUGCAGUGCGGAAAGGGUCUCGCAUUGGCAAACUUUGCAAUUGCCCCCGCCAAACAUCAUGCAACAUGUACAUCUUGAAGUGCUUGUGAGGAUGCGGGCAAGGGGCACGGGAGAGAGUGGAUCUUGGACAGCAGC